UAGAGUCCUAAAUAAUAGUAUAAUAAAUAAUAGGAGUGCCUUUAAAUAAUCACUAAAAAAGCAUAUUAAAGAAUUAAAGACCUGAUGUUUUUCUAUAACACGCAUAGUUACACGAUCCCUUAAAUUAUUGGUAAAACAUUCAUUCAAUGCAUUUGUUCGGAAGUUAGUGCGUUCUAGGCACAGAUCUAGUGCGACUAACGCCAAUCUUUCGCGAACGCGAGUUUCUAUGGGUCAAGCUACCACCUUCGCAUGCGCCAGUUUUAACGCGGCGCAUAUGUUCUGCGACUUCACAUAACCUGUGUCCUAUGUCAACAUCAACAAACCAUUAUUUUGGUGUUUUGCAUCACUGAUUGCAGAUUGUUUUAAGGUUUUGAUUCUUAAGAAUUGUAAAUAUUGAAAGUAUCAUUUCAAUAGUCUGUGUGAUUACCAUAAGGGGAAGCCAGAGUAUUGUAUGUUUGCGUUUUGCAAGACCGCAUUUUGUUUGUUUUUGGGGUCUAGCAAAGGAACUGGGUCUCACAGGGCAAGCGUACUUUUACCAAAUUGAUUCAAGCAAAUUAACUGGACCUCACAAGGCAAUCAUUUUUUACGAAAUUGUAAGUAUAGAAUAUCUUCAUAAUUUUCUCUGUUAACAUAUGUGAUUAACCACGGAAAUGCCGUAAAAAUUAUAUUUUGCCUUAUGAUAUUUUUGUACGUUAAGCGUGUGUUAUUUAAUCCCAGAUAUCUUCCAAUAACCUUUACUCGCGCUAGUUUUCUCUGCUCUAACUAGAUGGCGCUAGUAUAGGAAGCAUGUUGAUUUUAAAAUUUUUCCGUGCGUUUGGGCAUUAAGAGAUUUCAGCAUGCAUGUGCCACCCGUUGAAUUUUUGUUUAAUCGCUGGGAAAUACAAUUGGAUUUAUUAGUCCAAAUUGUUCGUGAAAAUAAAUCACGUGUGGAAAGGUUGUCACCGUGAGUAACAUCAUUUUUACCAACAAUUUGCGGAAUUGUGUUGGUGUGUAACAUUACGUAAAAAUUAACUUCUGUUUAUAUUUUUUAAUUUUUCAUAUUUCUAGGCUUUCAACAUAAUCCAGCACCUCUUGUAAUCCGACAGCAAGCUUCGCUAAUGCAUGAUUGAACAAGUUAUAACUUGUACGUACCACCACUAUUAGCUCGACACGUAGGGUUUUAAAUCUGAUUGCUUAGUUUGAAUUUAAAAGUCGAAGGAGUUAUUGGUGCGGUCUAGCGUGUGUUCAUUGUUUACUGUUUAAUCGUUUUUUUUCGUACCUAGUAAUGUCGUCAAAGGCACAGAAGAGAAAGCACAAAACUCUGACAAUUAAAGAAAAAUACGAUAUUUUAGAGCGCCUAAAUAAUAACCAAUCCAUAAAUAGAUUAGCAAAUGAAUACGGCGUAGGUCGAUCUACAAUUUAUGACAUUAAGAAAAACCACGAGAAAAUUAAACAGUUCGUGUCAACUUCUGACUGUGACAAGAGACAGACACUCAGAAAAGCUGAAAAUCCAGAAGUGGAAGAAGCUUUAUACACGUGGUAUCUUCAGCAAAGAAAUAGACAUGCACCCAUUUCGGGACCCAUCUUGGCCAUGAAAGCUAAAUAUUUUUAUAAGAAAAUAAUGAAAAAAAAAGGUUUUUUGGCUAGCACCGGAUGGCUAGAUCGUUUCAAAAGUCGUUAUGACAUACGUUUAUCGAAUAUUGCAAGAGUUAAACUUUCCAAUGAUGCCACCUGCAUAAAGUCAUUUAAAUUAAAAUUUUUGCAAAGGGUGAAAGAUUUAAAUCUUAACCCGUCACAGGUCUACUAUGCAGGCGAAUCAGGGCUUUUUUGGCGUGUGAUACCUGACAAAACUUUUGUUUCCUAUAAUGAAAAAUCCGUACCUGGACGAACAGUAAGUAAUGAACGUGUAACCAUAUUACCGUGUGCUAACGCUGCUGGUACACACAAGCUAAAGAUGGUGGUCGUGGGAAAAUCUAAUAAACUACGUGCAUUCCAAAACAUUAAUUUACCUGUACACUAUUAUGGACAAAAAAGUGCGACGAUGACAAAAGAUCUUUUCAAAAAGUGGUUUGAUGAAUGCUUCGUACCAGAAGUUAGAAAAUGGUUAAAAGAUCAUAAUUUUCCUCAAAAAGCGUUAUUGCUUCUUAAUAACGCUUCCGUUCAUCCGACUGAAGAUGAACUGACAACUGAGGAUAAAUGCAUCUCUGUGAUGUUUCUUCCGCCAAAAUGCACUGCAUUGAUUCAGCCCAUGGAUCAACAUAUCACUCAGUUUGUAAAGCAAGAUUUUAAGAAAAACCUGCUUCUGAAAGCCGUAGCAGAAAACCAGCAAAUACAAAAAACGUUAAAAGAAUUUAAUAUGAAAGACAUGACUUUUGCUCUUUGUCAAUCGUUGGAUGCAUUACCAUUAUCAACUAUUACAUCGUCUUGGAAAAAGUUAUGGCCAGAUAUAGUCAGCACUCCUACCAACGAUCCACAAAUCAGUGUACCUUCGGAAGUAUUAGAGCAAAUUUUUGCUGAAGUACAGAUAAGUCCGGAAGAUUUGGAAACCUGGUGCGGUGGAUUGAAUAUAGAGAAAAAUACUCCUGAAAUGUCUGACGACGAGAUUUCUAGUGAUACAACAAUAUCUCAUGAAGAUGACGAUGAAGUACCUGCAAGCACUCCACAAAUAUCAGCACAAGAUGCAAUUAACGCCUUUGAGCUGGGAUUGCAAUGGGCUGAUGAAAAUGGUGCAUCCUACGACGAACUUCUCGUUUUGAGAAGACUGAAGGACAAAGCAAAAAUCUCGCGUUUCAAUAAUGUUGAACAAAACAAAAAACUAUGAAUAUUUUAAUGCUUCUUAAAUUAAUUGAUUCAUAAUUUUAAUUAUUUUAGUAUGUAUAUUUGUUUCUACACAAUUAUUUCGUAAUGUAAAGUUAUUGUAUAUUUUUUGUAAGUUUUAUAGCAUUAAUGACGUUAAUUGUAUAAUAAAACCUAUGCUUCCUAUUGUGUUCACGAAGUAUAUUAAUUGGAUUGGAUGUUGACGUGACUAUCGAUAAUAAAGUCUGACGGUAUUAUAGUACUUAGAGCUUGAGCGGGAUUUUUUUGUAGUUUAUUUUUUUGUAAAAUAUAUAUUUUUAAUAAAUAGUAUCCUAUGUUACUUCUGA